UAGUAUGACGUCUUAUGCACUGUGUAUGGACCACUCCCUGGGACCAGGAUGAUGCACACAGCUUGCUACAGCUUGUACUGAGGUGGAGAAUUUGUAGCAGACACUCAGCACUCGGUCUCCUCCCUCCCACUCAUUCCUCCUCUUAACCCAGCUCCCAGGGAACAUGUGCAGAUCCGUCAUCAUCACACAGUGUACACACAGCAGGCGUGCUCCCUGACCACAUCACCGGCCAUCCCCAUCGCCCUUCUCUUAGCAGAUGCUGGAGCACCAUGGAUCUUUGAAAAGCAUUGUUUGUGAAUAUAGUAGUUAAAAUAUUCUCGCUGAAACAGACUUUGAUGAUUGAAAGCGGUACCUGUGGACUUUCUAUCAUUACACUUUCCAUCAUUACAUCUUAAAUAAAUACAGAAAAUACAGACUUACUACUUCAGAUGCCUAAGAACAGUAAGGUAACUAAAAGAGAACUGGAUGAUGAUGUUGUGGAAUCAGUUAAGGAUCUGCUUUCCAAUGAGGAUUCGUGUGAUGAAAGCUUUAAGAAGAGUGAGCUGAUGGUCCAUGAUGAGUUAGAUAAAGAUAGAGAUAUUGAGGAUGGAUCAGAUACUGAGGAUGAAAGACCAGCCUGGAACAGUAAACUCCAGUAUAUUCUUGCACAAGUUGGAUUUUCUGUAGGCUUGGGAAAUGUGUGGAGAUUUCCGUAUUUAUGCCAGAAAAAUGGCGGAGGUGCAUAUCUUGUGCCAUAUUUGAUUCUUCUCCUGGUUAUUGGAAUUCCACUCUUCUUCUUGGAGCUAUCUGUAGGUCAGAGAAUACGGAGAGGAAGUAUUGGAGUUUGGAAUUACAUCAGUCCUAAAAUGGGUGGGAUUGGAUUUGCAAGCUGUAUUGUUUGCUUGUUUGUGGCCCUUUACUACAAUGUUAUAAUUGGAUGGAGCUUGUUUUAUUUCUCCCAAUCCUUCCAGCAUCCUCUCCCAUGGGAUCAGUGCCCUUUGGUGAAAAAUGGCUCUAAUACCUAUGUUGAGCCAGAAUGUGAGAAAAGUUCUGCAACCACAUAUUACUGGUACAGAGAAGCUUUAAACAUUUCUGACUCAAUCACAGAAGGCGGAGGACUGAACUGGAGGAUGACUCUAUGCUUACUUGCUGCCUGGAUAUUGGUGUGCCUCGCCAUGAUCAAAGGCAUCCAGUCUUCUGGCAAAAUCAUGUACUUCAGUUCUCUCUUCCCUUAUGUGGUCCUUACCUGUUUCCUUGUGCGAGCCUUACUAUUAAAUGGCUCAGUUGAUGGCAUCCGACACAUGUUUACUCCAAAGCUUGAAAUAAUGCUGGAACCCAAGGUCUGGAGGGAAGCCGCAACGCAGGUGUUCUUUGCGUUGGGAUUGGGGUUUGGAGGUGUUAUUGCAUUUUCAAGCUACAACAAGCGAGACAACAACUGUCAUUUUGAUGCUGUUUUGGUGUCAUUUAUCAACUUCUUUACCUCUGUUUUGGCAACAUUGGUCGUCUUUGCUGUAUUAGGAUUCAAAGCAAACAUUAUGAAUGAGAGCUGCAUCGCUAAGAACACAGGAAAGGUUGUCAGACUCUUGGAAACUGGCAAUCUUAGCUGGGACGUUAUACCUCAUCAUGUCAAUUUCUCCAGUAUCACGGCACAGGAUUACCAGUUGGUUUAUAGUAUCAUUAAAAACAUUAAAGAAGAAGAAUUUGAUGGUCUUGGAUUGGCUGCUUGUCAGAUAGAAGAUGAACUUGACAAGUCUGUCCAGGGAACUGGCUUGGCUUUCAUUGCUUUUACAGAAGCUAUGACACACUUUCCAGCUUCACCUUUUUGGUCUGUGAUGUUUUUCCUCAUGUUAGUGAACUUGGGUCUUGGCAGCAUGUUUGGCACCAUUGAAGGAAUUACAACACCCUUAGUUGAUACUUUUAAAAUACGGAAGGAACCGCUCACUGUUGGAUGUUGCCUUCUUGCAUUCUGCAUUGGCCUACUCUUUGUGCAGCGAUCAGGAAACUACUUUGUUACUAUGUUUGAUGAUUAUUCUGCUACAUUACCUCUUCUCCUUGUGGUCAUCCUGGAGAACAUCACAAUCUCUUGGAUAUAUGGAAUUGACAAAUUCAUGGAUGACUUAAAGGAUAUGCUUGGAUUCACACCCUACAAAUAUUAUUAUUAUAUGUGGAAAUAUAUUUCUCCUAUACUUUUAAUUAUUUUGCUUAUAGCAAGUAUUGUCCAAAUGGGCUUCACUCCACCAGGCUAUUAUGCCUGGAUUGCUGAAAAGGCCGCUGAGGAACGUCUAAGUUAUCCAACAUGGGGACUUGCUGUGUGCAUAUCACUCAUAGUAUUAGCAUUGGUACCCGUUCCAUUGGUCUUUAUUGUUCGCUUCUGCAAUCUCAUCGAUGAUAGCACUGGGAGCUUGGCUGCUGUCUCUUAUAAAAGAGGGCGCAUCAUAAAGGAGAUAUCCAACCCUGAAGAAGAUGAUGCCAGUCUCAUUCAUGAGAAGAUUCAAAGUGAGACGCCAUCUCCGAACAUUGGAAAUAGUAUUUACAGAAAACAAAGUAGAUCACCAUCUUUGAAAGUGGAUACCGCUCCCAAUGGACGUUACGGCAUUGGGUACUUAAUGGCAGAUAUGCCAGACAUGCCUGAAUCAGACUUGUAAUUGAGAUAACAGAAUUGCUAUUAUUUUCUCCUUGGCACUGCAAACUAGCUCUUCUUAAGUGAAGAGGUUGGCUUUAACGCUUGUGAAGCACUGACUGCUGUCCAAUGUUCUCAGGACUGAGAACACAUGGUUUGAGAGGGGCAUUGUGCAUUGUUACCAGAAGGCAUGAGACUUUUAUGUUCUGGAUAUGGCUUUAGCCCUUAGCACUUUCUAGGACCUUAAAUACUGAAUGUGUCUUACCUCUCUGUGCCUAACUUUCUCCCAACAACAAGUGGCAAAUGAAUUACAGACAUUUGUCUUUUACAUGUGUAGUAAAUUCCAUAAUUCUUAACACAUUAUCAAAACAAUCAACCAUAAGGGCAAUGAAAUUAAAAAUGCAGAUGAAAGCAAACAAAUUGGACAUGGGAACUUGCUGGUCCCUAUAUUCCCUUUAAGCCAUAUGAGUGGUUUGUGUCUGAGCUACAGUAUUAUCAUAUAUUAUGGAUGUUCUUCAAUAUGUUAAUAGUAAAUAAUCUGUUCUGCUGUGUUGCUCAGUUGAAGCUCAGGGCUAUGAAGCAACGGAUCCAUUUUAACGUCUUAACAGUAAAAGUUUAUUUUCUGUGAUUUUAUUUGAUUUGAUUAUCUGGCUCUUCAUCAGUAUUAUUAAUUAUCAUGUCAGUGUGUCACAAUCAGUCAGUGGUUAAAAUGUAAAGCAAAGCUUUUCUCAUGAUUAUACAGUGUUCCCAUGACCAGAACUGGCUUUUGCUAGAGAAAAGUACAGUAUGGCACUGAGGUGCCAAAUAAAAGAUCUGCAGUUCAUGUUAACUGUUAGGAUCCUCCAAAAUAUUUUGUAUAUGGAAGAACAUCAUAACAAGACAAUGCAAUUUGUGCCAAAUAAAACGGAUUCCUGUAAAUGUGGAUAUGAGCAUUUACAUACUUACCAACCAACCAACCAACCAACCAACCAACCAACCAACCCAUUCCAAGCUGAAUAUGUACUGUUAUAUUUCUGUUUAAUUAAUACAUGCCUGCUGAUUAGAAUGCAGAAACAGUUCUAGAACCUCAUUGCUUUCAAUCACAGAUGUUAAAAUUCAGAAGGUAAAUGUUUCUAUUUUUUACACACAGUGCAAAUAAGUUUAUAUUGUUGUUCAACUUUCAGAUUCUCACAUAACAAUACCAUGAACUAUUGUUUGUAAUACAAUUUGCACAAUGAUAAGAAUGUACAACUGUUAGAUGUACAGUAUAUAGUUUUCCUGAAGUAGCUGAAUAUUAAAUUGACCAAAUAAUAAAACCCUAGAGCUUUUCUGGCCGCAAAUGGGCUACCAGACAAAUAGAAUAGACAUUUAAGCACAUAGAUUCGGGUAAGGUAUUAGCCAAGAUACAUACACUCAGAUAUAAUAGAUUAUAUAUAUAGCACUUAACAUGUAGCUCAAAUUUGUCUUUUGUAUCACUACAGGUAGAAUUAUUGCAGUGUGUCAUUCCAAAUAUGUAAUUGGUGAUACAUGAACUCACUUUGGUUUAGUUUUUAAGGCAGUUUAGAGGACGAUUUGCCUGCAUAAAUUAGUAUUGUAAAGUCAGAUUGAGUUUUACUCACUCUCUAAUUUAGUACAAUAUUAUAGAAGCAGGAUUUAAUAUUUCAGCUCCGGCAAUACUGAGCACCAUAAACUAGAGAAGCAUAAUUGCUGGAGACAGUAAUUGGCUGGUUAUUACACAUACAGUUAGAAAGAGGUAUUAAUUUCAGCUUCACUGGUAAUACAUGCGGUGAGACAAUAUAUUAACAGACUUUCCUCCAAGCUAAUCAGCUCCCUUUGACUUCCAAUGAUAUUAUAGCUUUUAUAUUUUCUUAUGGCUAAUUUUGUUUUAAUAUUAAUUUAUAUAGCUGAAAAUGUAUUAUUUUGUCUUUUGUGCAGGUAUAGCCCACGUUGUUGUCUAUUCUCUUGCUGGCAUCAUACUAAAUUAAAGAAAAACAUAAUACAGUGGUCUAAAUCUGUAUUUAGUACUAAAUAUCUGUUUUCUGCUUCUGAAAGUUAUGUAAAGCUAGCGAAAAAGUUAUUCUUUUACUAAUUUCCAAAAAGGUGAUUCAUUUUAAUACAUACACCUGCACUUGAUUGUACUGUACAAUAUAAAAGCCAAUAGGGUACAUUUAUGUUAUUAGGCCUGAUAGUGGUUAUAGAUUUAAAAUAAAUGAGUGUACUUAUUAUUUUCAUAUGUCUCAGUUGUAUAGGUAAUUAGUAAAGUAUAGCACUUAAAUGCUGAGGUGUAUAAUCUGUCCCCUUAUUUGCCGUGGAUGUAUGACUUAAAGUUGUAUAGUUCGAGUAAAGAACUUGAUGUUAACUAAUAACUACCAAAUGAUGUGAUCUUCUCUCAAGUUAUGGUAUGUUACAGUGAGAAUUAAAGCGAUUAUGCAUUGUGCAGUUUUUCCAUCUUGUGUUUGUUGAAACUCCUUGGUAUUUAUUGUGGUUACAUCAUGUACAACAUGUAGUAUAUUUAUACAAUCUACUUGUACUGUAAAUAUGUAUAUUACUGUACCCUGACUAAAGCUAAAAGACAUAUUUCAAGCUAGUCGUGGAAGCAAAAUUUCUCUUUUAUCCAAAGAGAGCAUAUUUUUUGAGUUCUUGUGAAAAUAUAUACAGUGUAACAUGCAUUAACUAUAAAACCAAACAUAUUUUUAUAUGUUCCUCUUGCCCUUCUAACCUAAAGUUUAGCUACUGACUGUCACUCAUCUUCAACCAUAAAUUAAUUUUCAGUUCUGUGCAUGUCCUGUAUAUCAGUACAUCAUGCCUAAUUUGUACUAUAAUGUCUGUUAUUAAAACAUUAACUAGAAGUG